GUUGACUGCUUUUUAUGUUGUGUACUAAAACAUUUUUAUUCCAUCCAGAAAACUCAUUGGACGCCCCAUCUUAAAGCACCUGUAAACCAGUCGCCAUGGCAAUGAACAUCGUAUCCAAAUUUGCUGACAUCAAAUGUAAAGUUCAGAUCUUUCCAGGAUCUCCUUCUGUCUACCGGCUGAAACCAGAACAACAGAACAUUGGCUCUAUCAGAAGACUGACUCUCGGUAAAAGAGAUCCAACAAAGAUGAACAAAACCAUCUUGCUUGUUGGUGAAACAGGAACAGGAAAAUCUACUCUGAUCAACGCUCUGAUCAACAACGCCAUGGGAGUGAAGUUCGAGGACGAUGUCUUUUUUCAGAUCGUACAGGAAGCAAGGAGAAGUCAAACAGAAAGUCAGACGUCAGACGUGAUCGUGUACGAGGUCUUUGGUCUUGAAGACAGAACUCUGCCCUUCUCUCUGACCAUCAUCGAUACCCCCGGGUUUGGAGACACCAGAGGGACUGAGAGAGAUGUCCUCGUCAGAGAAAGAUUGUUGGACUUGUUCCGCUCAACAGAUGGAGUUCAUGAGAUCGAUGCAGUGUGUCUGGUGCUGAAAGGGAGUGACAAUCGACUGAGUGACCGACUGACAUACGUCUUUGAUUCAGUGGUGUCUCUGCUUGGAAAAGACAUAGAGAAGAACAUCGUUGCCCUCAUCACACACUCUGAUUUUGUGUCAGCUGCAAAUGUUCUACAAGCUCUGAAAGAUGCAAAAAUGAUGUGUGCGAAAGACGAGAAGGAUCGGCCUGUUCAUUUCAUGUUUAAUAACAUCCAGAAAACAGAUAGAGUUAAGGGAAAUGAGCGUGCUCUAAAGUAUGCAUGGGAAUCAACAGACGAACAGAUUGGUCAGUUCGUUGAUUUCCUGAAAGAUACCAAAUCACAGAACUUGGAAACAACCGUUGAAGUUUUGAAUUCACGCAUCAGACUGACAGCAUGCAUCCACAACCUGCAGGAGAGGAUUGAGUUCAUUGAACUGAAACAGAGAGAGAUCAAACAGACUCAGGAAGCUCUGAAGAAACACGAACAAGACAUGAAGAAUAACGAGGACUUCAAGGUAGAAGUUUUUGAAGCCUUCAAAUCUAAAGAACCUGUCGAUGAGAAACGAUGGUGGGCGUUAGGGUUAAACUAUGGAGGAGCUGUCUGCUGUGAAGUCUGUAAGGAGAACUGUCACUAUCCAUGCACACUGGCCCUGUAUCCAAGUCACUGUGAGGUCAUGCAAUACAAAUGCACAAUAUGCCACAAAACAUGUACUGUAUCAGGCCAUAAGAAUGAGCUCUACUGCACGGUGUGUACUUGGAAAUGUCAUGAAUCAAAACACGUGAAAACAGAACAAUGCACUAAAUGUGGGGAUGAGUGCAGUGAUCCAAGUCAUCUGAAAACACCCUGGAAAUAUGUGAGCAAGACCAGGAAAGUUACUAGGACCAAACGACAGAUGAAAGCAAUGUAUGAUAAGGGUAGAGAAGACAGUGAGAAGUCAGCUAGCCUCUUGGAAACUCUCCAGAAGAACAUGAAAGACCUGCAGAAAGAAAAAGAUCAGUUUCUGGAAGAGUCUUUCCGACAUGUUGUCAGACUGGAUGAGAUCGCCAUGAAGGUUGUUUCCCUGGCCACUCAGGUGCACCUGGACGUCCUGAUCGUCAUGAUGAACGAGAAGGGAGACAAAGACAAAGUCAUGAAACUGGAGGAGAUGAAAAGCAAAAUGGAUGAACAUAAACAAUUCAAGUCACUGCUGCGCUUCUGGUAUUGUAAAACAGCAGAAUUCGGUAAAGCAGCAGUGGAGAACUUCAGACAGAAGACAGGGGUGUAGAAAACAAGCUCACACUGUUGAUCAACCUACAAAGUGGGAUAUUGAUAUCAUGACUUCAAAGAGAAAUUCCACUUUGAAGUGGGUAACGGUUAGAGUCAAAGGACAAUCCCAACAUGAAGAUAAUUAGUCCGUAAAGGAACACAAGACAGUGAAAUGGCGUUGAACUGAGAAACAGCGUAACCACAGAUCGUGGAUGGAUGAUUGAACAUUUGUGGAACUCCAGACAAACACAGACCCUCAAUUGCUGCUCUGGUUUUAAAGUGAGUGAGAAACCCCCCCUGCUGUUGAAUGUCAGGUACAACAGCUCCCUCCCUCCUAUAUAGGGACUUUAUAAUUGUACUGAUUUUGACUACCAUAGCCGUGUUCACACCGGAGUACUUUUCACCAUACUUUUCGCGUUUAGUUCCGUUAGUACCCCUUAUGUCGCGUUCACACCAAAAAGAGCACUUA